AUGUGUAGUAGUAGUAAACGUGAUGCUUCUGUUAAGAAGAGGGAUACUACUACACUUCCGGUUAAGAGGGUAUUUGAUAACAAGAAUUCCUUGUGUGGUUCGAUGAAGAAAUCCAAGGUGUCCCCAACACUAUAUGAUCAUAUUUCUUCGCUCAAGAAAGACAUUGUAUUGGUAGAAAACUCAUUUGAGGAGUGCAAAAGAAUGCGACAAGAAGAAGAGACGAGACUGCAGUCCAUAAAGAAAGAUAUUGAGAAGUUCUCCAAAGAGCUUGAAAAUAAGAAGAUACAAGUUGGUUGUGUUAGAAGAAUUAACGAAAUUCACAAGAAAUUGAAGGGAAAAAUUGAAGAAUGUGUGAAGGAUUUUGUAGCAAAGGAAGGGAAGCUCUAUUUGAUGGAGGAAUUGAUUGGAGAGCGCAAGCAAGAACUUCGUCAAGUCAUGGAUAAUAUUUCAAAACGGAAGCAUUUUGAAACCAGAGUGAAGGAGUUUGAAUCAAAAGAGAAGAGAUUUGAAAUGAAAGUGAAGGAGAUGGUGAUGGAUUUGGUAUCAAUGCAGGCGCACUUUGAUAGCCAAGUGAAGGAGCUUGAGUCAAAUAAGAAGGAACAUGAAAGACGGGUGAAGGACCACGAAUCAAAAGUGAGAGAAUUUGAAACCCAAGUGAAGGAGCUGGAAUCUAAAAAGAAGCAUUUUGAAAGGCAUGUCGAAAAGCUCAAACCAAAAGAGAGGCAAUUGAGAGGACAGGUUGAAGAACUUGAGUCUAAAGAGAAGCAACUUGAUAGUCGAGUAAAAGAGUUUGAGUCAAAAAAAGAUAAAUUUGAAGGCAGGGUGAAGAAGUUGGAAUCAGGAAAGAAGCAUUUCGAGAGACGACUGAAGGACCUCGAAUCAAAAGGAAAGCAAUUUGAAGGUCAAGUUAAGAAUUUCAAAUUGAAAAAGAAGCAAUUUGAAAGCCAAGAAAAAGAAUUCGUUACAUCGUACAUGGAUAAUGAAUUAAGUCCUACCGUUGAUGAUGGAACAAGUUUGCAGUUGCUUCCAAGUGAGCAAACUGACAUUCUAGUUAGCCUGCUAGAAUCAUCAGAUCCAGCAAAAGUUGUUUUGGAUAUAAUACAGAACCCCACUAUUCCACUAUGUAAGGACGGAUAUAAUGGUGUGAUUAUUGCGGGUUACCAUAUCUAUCUACUAGAACAACUGAUGAGAAUCUUACCAGAUAUUAAACCUUGUGUAAGAAAAAAUGCAUUGAAGCUAGCACUUGAUUUGAAAGCUAACAUAAAAGAAAAUGAUGAAAAUUCAUUGGUGGUUCUCGGUUUUCUACUGCUUUUAUCAAUUUAUGGAUUGGUUUCUUAUUUCAAUGAAGAUUAUAUCUUGGAGCUUUUUGCAUUUGUUGCUCGGCACAAAAUAGCGGUGAAGCUGUUUGAAGCCCUCGGUUUUGCAAAUAAACUUUCAGAUUUUGUUGAGAAUCUUAUCCGGAUGAAGCAAUUUGACUCAGUUUUGCAUAUUACUUGGUUGAGAAGAAUCAACAAGUUUUCGUGCUAGAAU